AUGUCGGCGACACAAGACUCUAAUGGAGUAAUGAACCCAUUCGCGAUACCCUUCAUUCCACUUGCUUCUUCUCAACCGAGCUUUCCUACGCGGCGUACCAGAAAGCCUCGCUCGACUGUGUGGGCUGAGGGACAUGAAGGAGAUGAUGCUCUACUAUUUCGAGACCAGGUAAUGUCGAGCGACAUAGGAAAGGGGGCCCAUGACUCCUCUUUCGCUCGUUGUUUCGCCUCAUUUAUCACGCAGACCAGGUGCGAGGUUUCACAGGCCCACGCGGCUGCUAAUUGUGUGUGUGAUCAGACACCCUGUCCCACUACUCCAACCACUGGCCGAUCUGUUGGUCAAAACACUUCGUCUCAAAUUAGCACUGAAGUUUUAGAGAAUACCUCUCAUGGCACAGAAAGUGAUCGAAACCAGGGAGAAGGCAGCUUUGCUGCUGGCAACAAGAUUAUCGAGAGCUCGGGUCUAACCGUUGGCAGUCAACGAGCUCUAGAGUCUCCUGAGAUUAAUAUCCCUCAGACACAUCGCAUGGCCCGUGAAAAGGCUGCGUCAGACACAAACAAUGAUGCUUUCCUAGGCAAUCUUAUCGAGUCGCAGGGUCCGCAGGCCAUUUCCACAGAGGUUGUGCCAACACCGGAGUUGAGGCCACCGGGCCUGUACCCGUAUUUCAUAUACCCAGUUGUCCCUCCAUUGCCAUAUGGCGGUGGUCAUUCUAUUUAUCCGCGUCCUCCAGUGUUACCUGUUUUGCCAUCGCCGCCGCCACCACCAGGACCUUGCUUUCCAUUGCUUCACAUGGUUCCCUGUCAGAUCAUGGAUGUCUCGACGGGUCAACCGCUGCCGGAUCUAUAUACUUUUGCUUUCAAAGUAACCUAUUGGUCACUACCAAUUUUUGCUAUGCCAAAUCCUAGCUUCCAGAUUCAGGAUCAGAACCCAUAUCCUCUUCAAGAGGAAAUGAAUGCCAGAAUCCAUGGACACCUGGCACAUAGACCUCAUCAUCCACCAUCGUUAACACAGGCAUUAAAUGCACCAGGCAGAAUUGAUGAAGUGCAAGCUUGCUCAUCGGGCCUCGACGAACCUAGAGCGGUCGAGUAUUAUGGCCAAGGCCUGGCCGAGAAAUGCACGGGUAAGAGACCUAACGCUGAAGCCGAGCUGCCAACUGUUUACCAGGGCUGCACCGAAGAGACGGGGUCGCUGUCAGCUGUCGCCGGCCCGCAAGCUGGAAAGAAAAAUGAUGGAGUUGAACAGCUGCUCCAACAGGGCUGCCACGUGCUCUUCAGCUCUCAACAUCAUCACAACGCGGCAAAUGAGUCCAUCCAGCCAGACACCUCGCCUUUCAUGAUGCACCCUGCAAACAGACCGUCAGCUAAAUACUCAAGAAAGGGUCAAGCUUCCGAUAGAUCGAGCCAGAACCAAACCCCAGCUGAGGUUGCAUCAUGGUCGCAGUCCAAGAGAUGGCUAAGCUCGGAAACCAAAGAGCGCAGGGCGUUUCAGAAGAUGAUGCUUAAUCUUCAGUUCAUGAAGGCCGACCAGUCACCCUUUAUUCCGAAGACCCCUGCUGAAUUGACCAAGUUCAAAAUCUCUCUUGCUGAAGCUAGACAGCAGAAGCUUGCCCACGAGGUCAGCAUCCUGGAAGAAAAAACUCGACAAAAAGAGCUAGCGAAGGCGUCAGGCUUGGCACUGGCAUCUAAGCCACAAAUCACUCUGUUCAACGGACGAGACAUGGGCGACAGGCUUUCUCCAGUGUUUGCUGCUCAAAAUUGCUUCAAUAAACAAGACGUAGCUGAAGUCAACAGUCGCGUCGAAUGGCCCUCGCUAGCUGAGCUGAAAGAAGAAGGCGACAGACGCACAAGAUGUGGCCGAUACCUCCCCCUUCCUCGAAUCAACGUUGUUGCUAUCAAAAUCCCGGAGGGAGAGCAGGAACACACCUACAAAGUAGACGGAACCAUCUUGUAG